AUGGUCGGUUUUGAUAUGCGCGGUUUGACCCCGGCUCCGGUCACCCCUUUUACCAAAGACGGAGCAGUGGAUUACGAAGCCAUUCAGCGCCUUGGAUCCUGGCUCGGCAGUAUCGACGGUGUGAAGGGUCUCGUGGUUCUCGGUCAUGCCGGCGAGGGAACCUUCCUCACGAUCGACGAGCAAGUGUCUGUCAUUAAGGCUUUUGUCAAGUCAGUCGACAACAAGGUGCCCAUUAUAGCCGGGAUUACCGGCGAGGGCACCGAAGUUGCCGCUCUCGAGGCCAAGCGUGCCAAAGAAGCUGGCGCGUCCGCUGGUCUGCUCUAUCCUUCUCACGGCUGGCUGCGCUUCGGAUACCAGCCCGGAGCUCCUCAAGAUCGAUACCGCCGCGUUUACGAAGUCUCCGGUUUGCCGUUGAUUCUCUUCCAGUACCCGGAUAAUACAAAAGCCACAUACAACCUGCAGACUAUGCUGGAUAUCGCCGCCCAGCCCGGCUGCUUCGCGAUGAAGAACGGCGUGCGGAACAUGCGCCGGUGGGAUACGGAAAUCCCCGUCAUUCGUGCCCAACGGCCCGACCUACAGAUCCUCAGUUGCCACGACGAAUAUCUUCUACACACCGCAUUUGAUGUCGAUGGCUUUUUGGUCGGUUACGGCAACAUUGCGCCCGAGCCCCUAAUCGAGCUCAUCAAAGCUGGCAAGGCCCGAGACUAUAAAAAAGCGCGGGCUAUCCAUGAUCAGCUGCUGCCUGUCACGAAGAGCGUGUAUCACCGGGGGUCUCACAUGGAGGGUACAGUGGCACUUAAGCAUGCCCUUGUUGCUCGAGGAAUUCUGAGCCACGCCACCGUUCGUCCGCCCCUUUUGCCUCUCGAGUCCGGUGCGGAGGAGGAGAUCCACGCCGCUAUCAGUGCCGCGUCACUUAGUAAGGUGGUUCUGUGA